GGUGGUCUUCAAACAAUGUUUUUGUUUGGUUGAAAUGGUCUGGAGACCUUCCUGCUGUAAUUUCCUCCCGGUUUUCCUGCUCGGGAAUAUUCAGCAUCAGGGUUGGGCUUCAAGUGUCCAGAAAUCUCAGACCUCGGAGGGAGUGCCGGCACAUUUGGCCCUGCUGUUUUACAAAAACAAAGUGCGUAUUGUGGAAUACUGGCAGAAAACCAUUGGAAUAAAGACGGAAAAAAGUUAGAAAUACCUGCGAAUGUACAGGAACUUCACAUGGGAAGUCCAGGUCAAAGGGUUGUGAGGCCGGCGUGUUGAGCAGAACGCACACACACUCACACACAUACACACUCUCCCGGAGCAUGCCUAUCAGUCCACCUGCCGACGGCAAACAUGAGGCUCUCGACCGGCCGUGGCAACAACACACCCCUACCAACGGUAAUCACGGAGAUGACAGCAUUCGGGCCUCUCCUGGGACUAAAUCUACCUCCGAACCUAUGGAGGAUCUCCACGGAAAUGCAGUUGUCAUCCGCAUCGGAAUCCCUGAUCUGCAGCAAACGAAAUGCCUGCGAUUGGACCUUGAGGCUCCAGUGUGGGUUUGUAAGCAGCGAGUUCUGGUCACUCUGACACAAAGCCUGACCGAUGUACUUAACUAUGGCCUCUACCUCCCUGCCUUUAAUGGGCGCGCCGGAAAGUUCCUUGAUGAGGAGAGAUUGCUCAGGGACUAUCCAUUCCCUACGGUCACACCUGUACCGUACCUAGAGUUCCGUUACAAGAGGCGUGUUUACACUCAGAGCCAUGUAGAUGACAAGCAACUGGCCAAACUACAUACCAAGGCCAAUCUAAAGAAGUUUAUGGAGUAUGUUCAACAAAGGUGUGUGGACAAGGUCUGCAGGUUCCUGGAGAAAGGGCUGGACCCCAACUUUCAUGAUGCUGAGAGUGGGGAAUCUCCUCUCACUCUCGUGGCCCAGCUGGACACUUGUGCCGAUCUGAUUAAGGUGUUGAGGAGCGGAGGAGCCCAUCUGGACUUCAGAACCAGAGACGGCCUGACGGCGCUGCACAAAGCGGUCCAAACGCACAACCAUGUAGCAUUGACUACAUUGUUGGAUCUGGGGGCAUCUCCAGACUAUAAGGACAGUCGUGGGCUCACCCCCCUCUAUCACAGUGCCAUGGUUGGGGGAGAUCCAUACUGCUGCGAGCUGCUGUUGUACGAUCACGCCCAGCUGGGCUACAGCGAUGAGAACGGCUGGCAGGAGAUCCAUCAGGCUUGUCGUCAUGGAAACGUGCAGCACCUUGAGCACCUGUUAUUCUAUGGAGCGGAGAUGAGCACUCAGAAUGCCUCAGGAAACACAGCACUACACCUGUGUGCCCUCUACAACCAGGAAGGCUGUGCUAGAGUUCUCCUGUUUCGAGGAGCAAAUAAAGAAAUCAAGAACUACAACAACCAAACAGCAUUUCAGGUUGCUAUCAUCGCAGGGAACUUUGACCUGGCAGAAAUCAUCAAGAUUCAUAAAACCUCAGAUGUUGUGCCUUUCAGGGAGACCCCUUCUUAUUCGUCCCGGCGGCGUGCGGUCUGCGUAUCCCCACGUCGCUCUCUGAUGCGAUCGGCCAGUGAUAAUGCUCUAGAUGAGAGUCUGACAGCUCCCUCUCCGGCCCCCUCACUUCGCAGCCUGCCCCCGCUGGAGCCCGAUGACACCACCCCAUCCCAGCGCAGCCCCCAGACUGCUCACACUCACACGCGCAGCCUCAGGAGACACACCCGCUCAGGAGGACAUCUCAGCCCUGGCAGUCCUGUACAGAGAGAGCCGAGUCCUCCAGCCGUGUCUCGAGGGCCCAAGCGACGGCUGUACAGUGCGGUGCCCGGCCGAACCUUCAUCGCUGUCAGCUCCCACACUCCACAGGGCGAGGGUGAGAUCACACUCAACCGAGGAGAGAGGGUCAAAGUGCUAAGCAUAGGUGAAGGUGGAUUUUGGGAAGGCUCAGUUAAAGGACGAACUGGCUGGUUUCCUGCCCACUGUGUAGAGGAAGUCCAGAUGAGACAAUAUGACCCACGACUUGACAGUGAGUUCUGGCAGUGCAGCACAUCUGACUAUUGACUUCUAUAAAUUCACAGUGAUUAUGUUAUAGAAGAAAAAAGUGCAAAGUUGCAGAAGAGAGACAGCGAAGGAUUCGGCUUUGUGCUUCGGGGAGCUAAAGCUGAGACGCCCAUAGAAGAGUUCACACCUACUCCUGCUUUUCCUGCCCUGCAAUACCUGGAGUCUGUGGACCUGGAAGGGGUGGCGUGGAGGGCAGGGUUAAGGACUGGAGAUUUCCUCAUAGAGGUAAAUGUGGUGAGCGUAGUAAAGGUGGGACAUAGGCAGGUGGUAUCACUGAUUCGGCAAGGUGGAAGUCGGCUAGUAAUGAAGGUGGUGUCUGUCACACGCAAACCUGACACUGGAGACGUCGUCCGCAAGAAAGCCCCACCACCUCCCAAGAGAGACCCAAGCACCAGCCUGACCCUGCGCUCAAAAAGCAUGACUGCAGAACUGGAGGAGCUGGCGUCAAGGAGAAGGAGGGGAGAGAAGUUGGAUGAGAUGUUGAGUUCGCCCAAAGAACCGGUUGUAGUGAUGAGGCCACGUCCUGCGGAUUCAGACUCCAGAGCAGCCACUGUGAAACAGAGACCAACAAGUCGCCGCAUCACACAGGCUGAGAUCAAUUCUCUGUUAGAGAGGCAGGGUUUGCAAAUAAGUUCCCUGGCUGUGGACAAAAGUCACAUGGAGCUGCCUCGGGGAAUGUCAAGAACCAAGUCAUUUGGUGCUCCUGAAGAUGAAAGAAUCUCAGCCCUGAUUGGAGAGCAUCGCUUUCCGAGAAGCUCCUCGAUGACUGACAGCUUUAGACAAGAUAGUAUUCCACCCCCUCCACAGACAGCUCCUCCACCACCUCCAACUCCCUACUUCCUAGAUUCAGGGCCCCCUCCGUCCUUUCUUCCACCUCCGCCCCCUUCUCGCGCUGCCAACCAGAGCCGUUCAAGCUUCCGCCCGGGGGCGGAGCCCAAACUCCAUGGCCCAGUCACGACAGACCGCCAGCGAAAAACACGCUCUAUGAUCAUUCUUCAGGACACCACCCAUUUGCCAGUGGAGCCUGCCCCUAUUGCAAGACCACAAACGCCUACCUCUGGAGCGGUUCCACCUGAACGUGGUCGUAGGCGUGGACCACCUGUGGAGAAUCCAUAUGCUAAUGUAGGUCGUCUAAGUGCAGUCUAUACUCCUACCAAGCCCCAGCGUAGAAAGAGCCCACUAGUCAAACAAGGACCAGUUGAGGAGGGAGCCGUUACUCAGACUAGUAGAGACCCCUCUCCUUUGGGAGGGUUACGGAUUCCCCACAGUAGCCGAGCAGAGCAGUUCCAACAGCAGGUUCUCUCGGAGCGAGCUAGAAUUAUGCCUCCAGGGGCCCGACGCAGACCCAGCGUUUUCCUAUCUGUAGAAGGGGGCGCGACUGAGCCGCAAACAACCCCGUUACUUUCUCAGUCCCACUCAGUGGAUGAGUUGGCCGAGUUGCCUCCACCUGCACCAAUGCUUUCCCCUGGCCCACCACCAGGGGGCACCACUUUUAUACACCCUCUAACAGGUCGACCACUGGAUCCUUCCUCACCUCUAGCACUUGCACUGGCUGCACGAGAACGUGCCCUUAGUGGCCGGAAUACACCCACUCCUACGCCUUCGCCCACACCUUCGCCCACUCAAGGUCGAGCAGUUGAAAGGCCAGAGACAGAAGGAGGAGCGACACCACCUGCUCCUCUUGAGGCUCCUCCAUCUAAUUCCUGGAGAGACGAACCGGUCAGCAUCACAGAAACGGCAAGCCAAGUGACUAGUGGUAGCCCUGGGUCUGGACGAAGCCUGGAAGAGGUACUUGUCCCACCCAGCGUGCAAGGUGUCCAACCUGCGCUGAUGGAUACAGAACAUACCCCACCGGCAGUCCCACCCACUCUACCUUCCCCAGCCCCUACCCUCUCAAAUCUGACUGCUCGAAGUCUGACUAUGAGCUCAGAGGAGGAUGCAGAGCCUUACACCGUGACACUUCCCCCUGCGUUGCUCUCGUCCAGUGAUGAGGAAACCAGAGAGGAGCUUCGGAAGAUAGGCCUCGUGCCACCCCCUCAACCCUUAGGCCUCGUGCCGCCCCCUCAACCCUUCUCUAAUGGCCUUCUAAUUAAAGAAACACCCAAAGCCACUCUAAGCAUUUCACCUAGCAGAUCACGGCCAUCCAUUGCAAAGACCUCCUCUGGAAAAGCAAGCGAUUCUACGGCAGACUCUGGGGUUGAAGACCCACAUAUGGAGACCACCAGUACUGUUUCCACAGUCUCCAGCAUGUCCACUUUGUCUUCAGAGAGCGCAGACUCUGCUCAUGCUAGCAAACCACGUUCUGGGGUGGGGCGUGGUCGCCCCGCACAUCUCAGGGACCCACUGCUUAAACAGUCAUCAGACAGUGAGUUGCUUCCACACCCACCCAGCACAGGCCCCAGCCGUCCACGCUACCUAUUCCAAAGACGUUCCAAACUCUGGGGGGAGGAGCCCCGGGGCCAGAUGGGUGGGUCUGAUGAAAGUCGGCCUGCUGCUAUGGGGGCAGAGUUGCUAAGCAAAGACACUCAUUCUCUGGGGGAGGAGCCACCGAUGGGAGCACCUCUUGACCCUGGCAGGAGAUCACCUGUGGGAGGCGCCAGAUGUGAGGAGAAUGGAGAAGAGAGUAAAUCACUCUUUAGUAGUUUAGGGGAGCUUCACACCAUCUCUCAGCGAAGUUACGGCACCACCUUCACAAUCCGUCCUGGCAUUCGAUACCCAGUGACCCGUAGAACUCCAAGCCCUGGAGCCACACCAGAACGGAGUGAACCACUGGGGCCGGUCCGUACAUUCGGCCCUCAUCACCAUCAUCACACAAUCCUCAAGUCUUCUAGCCUAAGUUUGCCCCAGGAGCCCAAGGAGGUGCGUUUCGUCAUGAGGAGCGCCAGCGCUCGAGCCCGCAGCCGUUCUCCAUCCCCCUCUCCAUGCGCCUCCCCCUGCCCUUCACCGGUACUGGGAGCCCCUCUCCUAGCCCUGCGGCCAUUCAGACAGCGCCCCCUAGCACUGUGGAGUAAGUAUGAUGUGGGAGAGUGGCUAGAGAGUGUGGGACUAGGAGAACAUCGUGCCCGUUUUUUGGAGCACGAGAUUGAAGGCGCCCACCUGCCUGCACUGACCAAGGACGAUCUGGCAGAAUUAGGGGUGACGCGGGUGGGACACCGAAUGAACAUUGAACGUGCACUGAAGCAGCUGCUGGAGAGUUGAGGAGAGCCAAAAUGCAGGAUAUAGUCCCAUCACAAAAUUAAUUUUUACUAUUAAAAUUUCAAGUUAUUCCGAAGUCUAACACCAUAGUUUCCAACCCACAUUUUUUUUUUAGCAUUGCUCAGCCCUUAUAUAAUAUAGAUUUUACCCAAGCACCAACGAUUUAACUCCCACAAAACCCACCAUGUUUCUUCACUAGUUUGCCACCUACUAAGAGUAAAAAUAACAUGCUGGACAGUGUGGACCUACUGCGCAAUAUCUACUAUUUACAGCUACAGAUCUAAGAAAAUCAAACUGGCCAUGUUUUUAACUGGGUCUUCUGCACAAUAACAAAUGAUAUAGCCAGCAAGCAGCCAUUUCCUUCACGUGCCAUGUUUUACAAUCAAAUGAUGAUGAUGAAGGUGUGGCAAACAUACAGACUGCUCUCACAUUAUCAGAGGAAGUCUGAGAAUAUCUUCACCAUCUGGAUUUGUGUGCAUUUCCUGCUUCCAGGAGAGAGACUUCUGAAUUUUAGAAAGCAGCGUCAACUUGAGUGCAAAGGGAAAGGAAAGAGCAGAAACCUCUCCUGUAAACAAUGCCAAUGCUUCCAAGUGCCCGGAAUUUACAGUAUGUUGUACUGACCAUCUUGCAACUCAAUAGUAGAUAGCCAUGUUAAUGGUGAUUAUAAGAUGCGUUGCAGUAACUGGACUUGGCAUGUGAAUGCAACAUGUCCAAGUAAGAAAGGAUCUGACAAUCUGCCCUAAACCAGGAGAAUAAAACUUCUCCCAAUA